CCUCUUCUUGCGCAUGCUGCCGCCCGCCAGGAAGGCCGUCAACGGGAGGCUCCUAUUGGCCGCUCGUCUCCUUGGACGGUGACGUAGAUACAUCGCGCUGGAUAUGUGAUAUGGUGGUGCUUAUGUCACAGUGCCGCCAUCUCAGACCGGGAAGCGCAUCAUUGGGGGAGUGGAGUGUAAGCCACACAGCCAGCCCUGGCAAGUCUUCCUUUUCGAUGCCAGCCGAAAUCGGUGUGGAGGAGCCCUGAUUGACGAGUCCUGGGUGGUCACAGCUGCACACUGUCCCGGAAAUUCCCUCACCGUGCACCUUGGGAAGCAUGACCUGCGCACACACAAUGUGGGAGAACAGCACUCCAAGGCAGUCAAGAACAUCCGCAACCCUGGAUUUGACCCUCUGUCUCUUUACAAUGACAUCAUGCUGGUGCAGCUGGACCCUCCUGCCAUCCUGGGUGACACAGUGAAGACCAUCCCCAUAGCGAAAGAGUGUGCAUCCCAUGGGACAAAGUGCAUGGUGUCAGGCUGGGGCACCACUGCUUUCCCAAAAGUUAAUUAUGCCCAUACCCUGCAGUGUAUGGAUACCAACAUCAUGCCAAAAGACGUAUGCAAAUCCAUAUAUGGAACCUACUUUUCAGACACCGAGAUCUGUGCAGGGAAAAUGGAAGGAGGCACGGACAGCUGCCAGGGCGAUUCCGGCGGCCCCCUGGUUUGCAACGGGGUCCUUCACGGGGUCGUUUCAUGGGGAGCUCUACGGUGUGCAGCCAAACAGCACCCUGCUAUCUUCACAGAGAUCUGCAAAUUCAGGAACUGGAUUGAGGAGACCGUGGCUGCAAACUGA